AUGUUAUUUUCUGAAAUUAAGCUGCCUGAAACUCUUGAUAAGUUGCCUGAAAGUAAAUGUGGGUUUGAUUCAUAUGGAGUCUUAAAAGCACGUACUGAAUCUGGGUGUUGUUGCAAUGAGUAUGAUAAGGUGCCUGAUAAUAAGUAUGGGAGCAAUAGAUAUUUGGGUGUAUUCAAUAUUGUGAGUGUGACAAGUCUUCAAAGGAGUUCCAAAAAUCACUACAACCCCACUUCUCUUUUGUUCUUUAAUUUUACGCUUUCUCUUCCACUUCUCAUCUCUCCCCACGGCUUAGACUCAGAGUUUUGCUUAUUCCUCUUCUUCUGCUCUGUCAUGGCAAAUGUUGUGGAGGUGAAAGUUGGUUUGCACUGUGACGAUUGUAUCAAGAAAAUCCUCAAAGCCAUCAAGAAAAUUGAAGAUAUUGAAACCUAUAACGUGGACACGGCAAUGAACAAGGUCAUCGUUACUGGCAAGGUCACAACACAGCAAGUCAUCAGAGUCCUUCAAAAGAUUGGCAAGAAUGCAAUUGCCUGGGAAGAUGUCUCUUUGAUGACCAUAGUCUCUCAGUUAAUGGUCAGAUGUCUUACGCCAUUAGGACAAUCCACUCUUGUAUCCCAGAUGCUUGGGGGACUGAUGUUUGGGCCGUCAGUUUUGGGGCACAAAAAGAUUCUGGGGCAAGCCUUAUUUCCCGUGAGGGGUGCUGUAGUGCUUGAAACAAUUUCAUGGUUUGGCGUCAUGUUUUCCUACUUCUUAUGGAGUGUUAAAAUGGAUAUUUCCACAUUCUUCAAGACAGAAAAGCUAGCCAUAGCUCUUGGAUCAUCUGUGUUUGUAUGUACAUUGGUUAUCCCUACUGGAGUCGCCUACCUAUUAGCGAAACAUGUUGAAAUGAAACAGAGUGUUGCAACUGCACUUCCGUUGAUAGGUCUCUCACAAUCCUUUACUGUAUUCGUUACCAUAGCAAUUCUAUUAUCAGAUCUCAAAGUCCUUAACACUGAUAUAGGACGAAUAACCAUGGGAGCAUCAGUGCUUACUAAUAUGGCGAGCUUUGUUGUUAUAAUAAUUAUGUUUAUAAUUUCGCAGAAUGUGGAUGGUGACAUGGUGAAACUCGUAAUCGUUUGUCUAUCUAUAGUUUCACUCGUGGUUGUUAUUGUAUUUAUGAUAAGGCCAAUGAUACUUUGGAUGGUAGAGCACUCCGGUAGAGGUUCGCUUAAUGAAAUUUGCGUUGUUCACAUCUUUGUCUUCGUUCUCUUUACUGGAUUUGUCAGUGAAGUAAUUGGGCAACAUUUUGCUAUGGGACCAAUAAUUUUAGGCCUGUGUCUUCCAGAAGGACCACCAAUAGGAACAUCUUUGAUGACAAAAUUGGAGACAAUUUGCAUGGCUUUUCUUAAUCCAAUCUUCCUAGCUGUUAACGGAUUACAAGCUGAUAUCUCCAAAAUCGACUUUCAUUCUAUGUGGCUUAUCUGUCUCGUUCUCAUCGUGGCUUUCUUUGUAAAGAUUGGUGCUGUCAUGCUACCAGGAUACUAUUACAAUCUACCCAUGAAAGAAUGUUGUGUCAUUGGUCUCCUUCUAAACGGAAGGGGCACAUGUGAGCUUGUCUUGUACAAUUUGUGGUUGGGAAGCCGGCAAGUAACGGAGCGCGAGUUCUCUUUAUUGGUGGUCACCAUUAUUGUAGAAAAUAUUUUCUCAGUACCACUUAUAAAAUUCAUGUAUGAUCCUUCAAAACAAUAUCAGACAGGAAGGAGAUGCACAAUCCAACAUACUAGGCGAGAUUCGGAGCUUCGAGUCAUGGUGUGCAUUGACAGUUCUGAAAACCUCCCUACAAUCCUGAACCUCUUAGAAGCAUCCUGUGCUAGUAGAGAGAGCAUGAUUGAAGUGACAUCAUUAAUCCUAAUUGAGCUUCAAGGAAGACUCAGACCAGUUCUUGUUAAUAACAAAUCCAGUGAUAAUAUACAUCCACUCUCAGGCAACUCAAUUCACAUUGACAAUGCCUUGAGGCAGUAUGCGGAACAAAAUGAAGGAUAUGUCUCCAUUCAGUCUUUCACUUCAAUCUCCACAUUUGAAACGAUGCAUGAUGAUGUUUGUAGAAUUUCACUAGAAUGUGGAGCCAACAUUUUGAUCUUGCCGUUCCAUAAGAGGUGGGAAAUUGAUGGCACCAUUGGGGCCGAACAUAAGUCCAUCCAGAACAUGAACAUUAGAGUCCUGGAGAGGGCACCGUGUUCUGUGGGAAUUCUAGUUGACAGAGGUAUCCUGAAUGAUUCUCCUUCACUCUUGAUGGCUAGAGGAAUGUAUUAUGUUGUUGUAUUCUUUAUUGGUGGUGCAGAUGACGCAGAGACAUUAGCCUAUGGCAAUAGAAUGGCUAGGCAUGAGUGUGUGUAUGUAACUGUGGUUCGGUUCCUUCUAUUUGGUGAGGAAAAUUCCAAGGAUAGAAAACGGGACAGUGAUCUUAUAGAUGAAUAUAGAUACCACAAUGCUGGAAAUCGUAGGUUUGAGAUUUUGGAUGAAGUUGUGAAAGACGGGAUAGAGAUGUCUACAUGCGUAAGAAGAUUGGUAGAUUAUUUUGAUCUUGUGAUGGUGGGGAGGGAACAUCCAGAUAGUGUUAUGUUGCGAGGACAUGAUAAAUGGAGUGAAUGUCACGAGCUAGGGGUCAUUGGGGACAUGCUAGCAUCACCAGAUUUCGUUACUAAGGCAUCGGUGUUGGUGAUACAACAGCAGAGAAUAAGAGGAAGGUUUAUUAAAUCCACUGUAAAUGUGAAUGCAGUCCCAAGAGAGAGAGAACAACUAAUGCAUGAAGUUCCAAUUGUUGAAACAUUUCCUCCUUCGUGUACUAUUUCAGUGGACAAAUAUGACAAAAUGUAG